AUGCAAAGUGAUAGGAACGUGGCAAAAGUUGGUUGGAAAAAGGCGUCAGCUGUCUUCCUAGUUCCUGUCGCUGUCCCGCCCGCCUCUGCCCGAGCAGGUGGGGCAGGUCCCGGGACUGGACGGGCGAGUCUGAGUCGGAGUCUGAGGGUUGAGUGCGCUCCAUACGCGCUGCGGGACACCAUGUUCAAGAAGAAGAAGUCCACGGCCACCAUCACGCAGCCCAAAAGCACGGCUCCGUCCACAGAACUCAGCGCUCUGAUCGAAAAGCUGCAGAAGAAUGCUGACAAAGUGGAGAAGAACAUCUACGAGGUGGAGCAGAACCUCAACAAGGAUGUCUCCAAAAUCAACGAGGGCAAGCAGCCGCUGUACCAGGACGACACCAACAAGCGCAUCCUGAACUCCCUGGAGCUGCUCAUCGGCCUGGACGAUGACGCUGCCAAUGCCAGGAGGCUCCAGCACCCGCAAGCGGAGAUGAUCGGACAGGAUAUGAAGCAGCUGCGGGAGAGGGUCAUGAAGCUGAGAGAGGACCACGACCGCAUCUACCACCUGAUCCGCACCGAGGGCACGCCCACCAUCAACUGGGGCAACAUGAUCGACGAGAAGCAGGACAAUCUGAGGAACAAAGGCUUCGGGCAGGACUUGCCGUCUGUGGAGCAGGAGGUGGAGGAGCACAACAUCUUCCACAGUGAGGUCGAAGCACUCGCCCCUCACCUGACCAAGAGCGGGGACAAGGAAUAUGUCAACAGCCUGCAGAGCAAGUACAGCAAACUCCUGGCCACCUCUAGUGCGAGGCAGAGAAACCUCCUGAGUCUGCGGGACUACAUGCAGCGCUGCACCAAUGAGCUGUACUGGAUGGACCAGCAGGCCGAGGAGAGGACCAACUACGACUGGAGCGACAACAACCUGGACUACCCCGCCCGACAGAGGCAGUAUGAGAACUUCAUCUCUAAGUGUCUGGAGUCAAAGGAAGGGGCAAUCACCAAACUCAACGACGACGGAGAAAAGCUGAUUGCUGCAGAUCAUCCUGGGAAGAACGUAAUCGAGGCUCACAUGGGGGCUGUCCACGCCGACUGGAAGGAGUACCUGAACCUGCUCAUCUGCGAGGAGACGCACCUGAAGCACAUGGACGAAUACCACAAGUACCACAAGGAGGCGCGCGACACCCAGGACCUGCUGCGCCGGCUGGACUCCGAGGUCAGCCAGAAGUACAACCCCGAGUUCAAAGACGUGUACCAGACGGAGGGGCUGCUGCGCGAGCUGGAGGACCAGUCUUUGGCUCUGGACCACUUUGAUGAUCGGGUCAAGGCUCUGCAGAAGCGCGGCCUCCAGGUGCUGCCCCUCAAAUACAGACGAGAAACUCCCCAGAAGCUGCUGCCCGUCGAGGCCCUGUGUGAGAUCGACACCGACGACGGCCAGAUCCAGCGUGGAGAGAGGUACACUCUUCUGAGGAACAACGGGACCAAGUGGGAUGUGAAGGACGCGGCGGGCCGAAAGAUGGUCGCCCCCGCGGUCUGCUUCAUGAUCCCGCCCACCGACCCCGAGGCCUUGGCCAUCGCCGACAACCUUGCCAGCCAGCAAAAGGCCCUGAAGCAGAAGAUGUCUGGCAGCAAAAGCACUCUGCAGAAGCGUUACGAUGAGCUGAGGAAGGAGAGUUCUGUGAGCUCAGCUGCAGGCUCUGAGGAGCAGCAGUGCAGGCAGCUCAUGGCGGGCCUGGAUAAGGUCAUCAGUGACUUGGACAAACAGGAGAAGGUCAUAAACAGCAGAGUGCGCCCCCCACUGGAGCAGAACAGGCCACUGCAGGACAGCGCUGACCGGCUGCAGGACAUGAAGGACAUCUCCAAUGCGGUGAGCAGACUGGAGCCAGAGAAGAGUUCCAAAGUGGAGGAGGCCAAGAGUUUCCUGGUGUCCAGUCCCACGUGUGCCAGCGCUCCACAGCUGCACAGCAAAGUGGACGAGACCAACAAGAAGCACAGCCGCAUCCUGGAGCUGCUGCAGUGCUCUCAGGAGAAGAUGAAGAACUCUAACCAGCUGGAGACCUCCCUCCAGAACGGGAAGAACCUGCUGUCCAGCUACGAGAACCGGCUGGCACGAGAGGAGGUGGCCCCAGCCGACCUGUCCUCUCUGGAGAAGACUCAGCGCGAGCUCGGGGACAUUUCCUCUGACCUGAAGUCCAAGAGGUCAGCCAUCACGGAGACUGAGCAGAACCUGCGCCUGGCUAAAGGCAGCUGCGACACCAUGGCCGCCAAGUUCCAGGAGCACUGUCCAGAUAUCGAGAGGCAGGAGGCCGAGGUGCAGAAGCUCAACAAGCGCUUCAACAACCUGAGCCGACAGGUGGACACCAGGUCCCAGUGUCUGCAAAGGGCUAAGAUGUCGUACAAGAAUUACCACAACGAUUACGAUAACUUGAACAGCUGGCUCUCUCGCAUCCCGAACUACGAGCCACGUGAAACAGACACAACCGCUCAAGUGGAGACCAAGCUGAAGAACCAGAAGAACCUACUCUCGGAUAUCGCAAGGAAGGAGUCCGAUCUGAACAAUGUCUCCAAAAAUGCUCAGCUUUACCAACAGGCCGUCAAGGAUUAUGAGAACGAAACAGAGAAGUUCCGUGCUCUGCUGGACAUUGAAGAUGGACUUGUGCCACAGACGUAUAAGAGGAGCCGGUUGGAAUCCCCCGCACACACAGUCAAAGCAGAGGAAGCUGCCAUUGAAUCAAAGUUCACAGAAGUGAAUGCGGUCAACAGGCAAAGGAUGCAGAAUCUGGAGUUCACCCAAAGUCUUCUCAAACAGCAACCAGAGCUCACAAUAACUAGCACCAACGUCCAGUCAGUGCAGGCAGCCCCUGGAGAGGAGCCCUGGAGGUACCGCAAGCAGCUUGAGGAUGAGGUCCAAAGAAGGGAGCAGAUGGAGAAAGAAGUGGAAUCCAUCCAAGCAGAGAUAUACAGGCUUGAGGGACAGAAACCACAGGAUACUAUAGUCAAGAAGGAGCUGAUCAAGAAAGUCCCUGAUCCACAGCUGGAUGAAGAGGUCCAUAAAGUCCAGCAGAAACUGUCAGAAGAACGACGAACCACACAUAUUCUGGAGAACGACCUGGAAGUGCUCAAGCUCAGGCUGCGUGGCCUUGAGACCGAGAUGAAAGAAGGGGCUCAGCAGUACACUGUCAAAGAGGUGUUGCGUAUAGAGCGAGACCGAGGCCAAGAGGAGGAGAUCCGCAAGCUCCGUGAGGAACUGGACGAGCUGAGGAGACAGAAGAUUGUUAAAGACAACGAGUUGGUUCUAAUUCAGAAACAAGUGGUGCUCCUGGCUGAAGAGAAGAACAAAGAACAAGAGAUCAUCACCGAAGAGGAGGUCAUAAAAGUCCAGAACGAUCCACAGCUGGAGAGUGAGUAUCGCAUCCUUCUCGACCGAAGACAGCAGGAAACUGACAACAGAAAGAAGCUGGAGGACGAGCUGGCCUUCCUCCAGGACAAACUCAGAAGGCUGGAGAAAGAAAAAUCCAUUGCAGAAGAAACCAUUUCUAUCAAAGAGGUCCUAAAAGUGGAGAAAGACAUGGUUCUGGAACGGGAAGUGGAAAACCUCCGCCGACAAUAUGAGGAUGAAAAGGCAAGAAGGAGAGCAUCACAGAGAGAGAAGACUGACUUCCAAAGAAAGAUUACUAGCUUGGAGGAGGAGAAGUCCAAAGUUAUUGUUCAAGAAAAGGUUCGUGAAAUUGUUCGUCCGGACCCAAAGGCUGAGAACGAAGUGGCAAAUCUCCGCCUGGAACUUGUGGAGCACCAGAGACGCUUCAAAGACUCCGAGCUCCAGCUACGAUCCCUGCAAGAUGAGCUGACCAUGUUGAGGAACCGGGGCCCUCAAGUGGAAGUGAGGGAGAUCAUCAAAGAAGUAAUCAAGUACAAAACCGAUCCUGAAACUGAGCGCGAGCUGGAGAGGCUGCGUAACGACAUAGUGGAUAAAACACACCAGACGGAGAAGUCUGAGAUGGAGAUCCGGACCCUUCGGGAGGAUAUUCAAAGAUGGAGGGAUACCAAAGUCCAAGUGCAAACCAAGGAGAUAGUGAAUGAAGUGGUGCAAUUUAGAGAAGACCCCAAAACCAAAGAGGAAAUCGAGACCCUCAAAAGGAAGCUGUCGGAGGAGCAGAGAAAGCGACUCGACCUGGAGAGAGAACGGGCCGAACAGGAGGAGAGGAUCAGGCUGAAGAAGCUGGACCUGUCUCAAGUGCGCGAGAAGAUCGUCCAACAGGAGGUGGUUAAGAUGGAGGAGGAUCAAAUUCUCCGAUCAGAGUGUGACACGUUCCUGCAAAACAUCAACAAUGAGCAGAAGCAGAAAGAAAGCCUGAAGACCGAGCUCUACCAAUUGCAGAGGAAGAUAGCUGACCUCGAUCUGCAGCUGGAGGAAUUGGAGCGGGAACGCAAAUCGAGGCGUGAUGCUGAGCUGGAGAUUCAGCGCCUGCGGAUCAGGUUGAGUGAGCUGGAGAUCCGCGACAAAGAGAACCGCGAGAAGGUGACGGUCAAACAGAAGGUCGUGCUGCAGCAGGACCCUCAGCAGGAGAAAGAGCACUGCAUCUUGAAGCUCCAGUUGGACGAGGAGAAGCACAAACGCACUCUGCUGGAGAAAGAGAUGAACGCUUUGAUUCAGCAACAGAUGACCAUCGAGAAGAUGGACGUGAAGGAGAGGGUGGUCCGUACAGAGAAGGUCCAAGUGGAAGCAGAUCCAGAGGCCCAGCAUGAAAUCGAGAACCUGAAGAGGGCGCUGGAAGACGAGAAAAGAAGAAAGCGUGAGCUGGACGUGGAGCUCUCAACUAUCACCUCCAGAUAUUCAGAAAUGGAGUUCACCAACACCAAGUCCACGAAAGAGCUGGACUACAUCCGCGACGAGAGCAGCAGACUGCAGCAGGAAAACCAGAGGCUUCAAAACGAGAUCCGCAAACUCAAGUCAGAGAUCGAAAUCACGAGCAAGGAGACACGUCUGAUCACAGAGACGUCCCCAAGGGAGGACGGGCGAAGCCUGGAAAUGCGGCUGGACUCGCUGCAGAGAGAGCUGUCGGAGCUGCGGCGCAUCACCCAGCAGAAAGACGAGGAUAUCGAGAGGCUGCAGAAGAGCCUGGCAGCCGUGCGCAUCAAGAGGGAACAGCGCGAGAGCCACCUGCGCAGGUCUAUCGUGGUCAUUGACCCCGACUCGGGCAAAGAAAUGAGGCCAGAGGAGGCAUACAAGCUGGGCCUCAUCGACUGGAAGAUGUUUGUGAAUCUACAGAGCCAGGAGUGCGACUGGGAGGAGAUCACAGUCAAGGGCCCGAGCGGCGAGUCAUGCGUCCUCCACGACCGCAAAUCGGGUAAAAAGUUCUCCAUCGAAGACGCUCUGAAAUACGGCCACAUCACAAAUUAUCAGUAUCAGCAAUAUUUGAGAAAAGAAAUAUCAAUCCAGGAGUUUGGUGCAUUGGUUUCAGGGAAAAAGUGA